AGAGCUGUUUGAAUUCAGAUUAAAAUGAUCUGAUGUGUCAGUGGUUCUGGUUUUCUGAUAUAUCAGGUUUUGGUGGUGAUUGACUGAAAGUCGUAAAAUGAGUGUUUCAAUUUUAACCACUUCUAUCAGUAGCAGCUCAGCACGGCCACUUUGGACUUCUCAUGAGCAAGGUACACUCAGAUAAAAUGUCUAUUGGGUUGCUGUACAGGUAGAAACACAUUCCUCUAUGUCAGUUUGUCAGUGUGUUGCCCAAUUUGCCUUCUCUGUUGUGGUUUUAUGGGAUUGUGACAUAUUUGUACACAUCAGCAAGUAAGCGGCUGGAUCAUGUUUGUACCUGAUCAAUGCUCUUAUCUGUGGUUUAACCUUUUCUGGCUCCUGGUAUUAAAUCAGAAAUGGUGAAAUGGGACGUGAGUCAGUCAGUGAACCAAUGGGAACCAUUUCUGGUUCAGUCAGUCACGAGCAGGAUCAGGUGUGAGCAGAAUCUUCUGACAUCCCGACUUCUUUGGAAGCCAAUCAUUGUGCGUGUUGUGAGUCGUUGCUCGUGAGUCAGGAGCAACGACUCCUCUCCUAUGCUUUAUAAUGUCUCCACUGCUGAUGGGCGGAUACUGAGCUUCUCUUGCAGUCUUCUCACAGUGGACCCCUGGUGCAGAAACCAUGCCGCUGGCUCGCAGCCUAUCUGUCACGUCCCUCUCAGGACUGGAGGAGUGGGACGAGGAGUUUGAUUUGGAGGAUGCUGUCCUUUUUGAAAUCGCCUGGGAGGUUGCUAACAAAGUUGGAGGCAUCUACACCGUCAUCCAGACCAAAGCCCGUAUGACCUCAGAGGAAUGGGGGGAGAACUAUUUCCUGGUCGGGCCCUACGUGGAAAGCAACGUGCGCACUCAGGUGGAGCUGAUCGAGCCCACUAACCCUGCACUGAAGAGAACCAUUGACAAGAUGAACUCCAGUGGGUGUAAGGUCUACUUCGGGCGCUGGCUCAUCGAGGGCAGUCCCUAUGUUGUUCUGAUUGAUGUUGCGUUCACUGCCUGGUCGCUGGACCGGUGGAAGAGCGAGCUGUGGGAGCUCUGUGACAUCGGCGUGCCGUGGUUCGACCGCGAGGCCAACGACGCCGUGCUGUUCGGCUUCCUGACAGCCUGGCUGCUGGGAGAGUACGCCGCUCAGAGUGAGGAGCCUCCACACAUCGUGGCACAUUUCCAUGAAUGGUUGGCCGGCCUGGGCCUGGUGUUGUGUAGACACAGAAAGCUGCCGGUUGCGACCAUCUUCACGACUCACGCUACGCUGCUGGGCCGAUACCUGUGUGCUGGAAAUGUGGACUUCUACAACAAAAUCGAAGACUUCAACUUGGACAAGGAAGCAGGCGACAGGCAGAUCUACCAUCGCUACUGUUUGGAGCGGUCGGCCGCCCACUGUGCUCACGUCUUCACCACUGUGUCACACAUCACAGCCGUUGAGGCCGAGCACCUGCUCAUGAGGAAACCAGACAUCAUAACUCCCAACGGGCUCAAUGUGAAGAAGUUCUCAGCCAUGCACGAGUUUCAAAAUCUCCACGCUCAGAGCAAGAACCGGAUUCAGGAGUUCAUCAGGGGACAUUUCUACGGGCACCUGGACUUCAACCUGGACAAGUGUUUGUUCCUCUUCAUCGCUGGAAGGUACGAGUUCUCCAACAAAGGAGCCGACAUCUUCUUGGAGGCUUUAGCCAGACUCAACUAUCUACUGAGGGUCAACCACAGCGAUGUGACGGUCAUCGCCUUCUUCAUCAUGCCAGCUCGGACAAACAACUUCAACGUGGAGACGUUAAAGGGCCAGGCAGUCAGGAAACAGCUCUGGGAUACUGCUCAGACUGUGAAGGAACGCUUCGGAAAGAAACUUUACGACUCACUUCUUGUUGGGCAGCUGCCAGACAUAUCAAAGAUGCUGGACAAGGAGGAUUUCACCAUAAUGAAGCGUGCCAUCUUUGCGACCCAGAGACAGUGCCAGCCUCCAAUCUGCACCCAUAACAUGCUGGAGGACAGCAGCGACCCCAUCCUCAACUGUGUCCGCCGCAUCGGCCUUUUCAACAGCUCUGCUGACCGUGUCAAGAUCAUUUUCCAUCCAGAGUUCCUCUCGUCCACCUCUCCUUUACUGCCCAUGGAUUAUGAGGAGUUUGUCAGAGGCUGCCACCUCGGCGUCUUUCCUUCUUACUACGAGCCUUGGGGCUACACACCUGCCGAGUGCACGGUCAUGGGAAUCCCAUCGAUCUCGACUAACCUGUCAGGCUUUGGCUGUUUCAUGGAGGAACACAUAGCGGACCCCUCGGCGUAUGGUAUUUACAUCCUGGACAGGCGGCAUCGGGGGGUCGAUGAGUCGUGUAACCAGCUCACCUCCUUCCUGUUCCAGUUCUGCAAGCAGAGCCGGCGCCAGCGGAUCAUCCAGAGGAACCGCACCGAGCGCCUCAGUGACCUCUUGGAUUGGAAAUACCUCGGCAGGUACUAUGUAGCAGCUCGUCAUAUGGCCCUGGCUAAAGCCUUCCCUGACACUUACCUGUAUGAACCUCAAGAGUCAACCUCAACCUCAGGCUUCCGUUACCCGCGACCUGCCUCCGUGCCGCCAUCUCCUGCUCUGUCCCGCCACUCCUCCCCGCACCACAGCGAGGCCGAGGACAACGAUGAAGACGAGCGCUACGACGAGGACCUGGAGGCGGAGAAGGACCGCGUGAACAUCCGCCAGCCCUUCACCCUGCCAGUCAAAAAACCAUCUCCUGCAGGCUCUGGGGCCAACGGGUCCAGCAAUGGUGCCUCGGAUUAGACAAACUGAGACACACACCCUCACACGUAACUACAGUCAUCAAUGUACUCACAGACGUAUUAGAUGAGGAAAGCUGUAAAUGCGAGGGGUACAUUUAAUAUUGGCUUGACGUGAAAAGCUGUAUUUGUGUCAGUGUCUUCCCAAACUGUGCAUACCUCAAAAUUUCCAAUAAUCUGUCAGUUUGAUUUGCUUUGGAUUUUUUUCUCAGUUACACCAGCAGGGAAAGCAGUGGUUUGCUCUGUGGAGAAAAUACAGCAGCAAGAAAAGAGCCAAUCAACAGCUCAACAUGCAAAAAAAAUCAAUAAAAAAGAGUCAGGAUUGCUGGAUUUUGUAGAUUACUAACACUGGAUAACACCGAUAGGUCGAAAUCAUGGAGAAAAAUAGCGUAGGAUUAUUAUGAGUCUCUGGAGGAGGGUUUUAAAAUCCUGCGUGAACGGUCGGUCGGAGCAGAACUCUCCUUUUUACCAGCUUGUCAUCUUCCACAUUGAAAGCAGGAUCGGCUACUUUCCAGGUAAUAGACGGUGUCUGUUGUUGUGAGGACCCACAAGUAGCAGCCAUUCUUUUUACCCGUGUUUGGCUUAAAUGUGUGAUGGUAAUUCAGUGCUUCAAUCUCCACUGUUUUAUAGUAGCAUAUUGUUCUGUCUUUGUAAUGCCUUGUUUACCACGAGACCUCCCAGAAUGGAAACAUAAUGGAAAAAGCACACAAACGCAACAUUGCACGAAUUGUGUCUGUGUGUUUUCAUUUUGUUUCCGUGCCUUAUUGUAUCACAGCCUUUCAGUGACGAUCAUCGAUGACCGACCUCACACUCCCGUGUAUGUCUGUGUGUGUGUGUGUGUGUGUGCUUUUUGUGGGGGGGGUGGAUACUCCUGGAUUUGCUUGUUUCCGAACGUAUUUAUUUGUGAAAGGAAAAGAGAAGAGAAAAACUGUGUCCUGUUGUGGCGGCCAUGUUUCUCAUGUGAGAGACAUGAGACGACUGGAGGAGCUUGAGUACGUAUUCACUGUUUGUUAUGGAAGAAGGAAAAUUGUUUUACCAGCAUAUACGCCGCACUUCCUGUAACAGUUUUAUCAUUCACAACAUGCACCAGAUGAACUUCUAAUAAAGUUUGAAUAUAUAUGUGUA